CAGACAGUUUUCAGACCGUCAGGACAUUAUAACUCACCGCCGCCGCUGUGUUUCAGUGUGACUUCUACCUCCAAGAAGAGGACAGCUUUUCAAAAGGUGUUGUCCAGGUGUUAUGAACAACUAUGAGGUCAUCCGUCAGAUCGGAGAGGGUGCGUUUGGGAAAGCCUUCCUGGUCAGAGACAAAGGUGGAGGUGGAGACAGGCAGUGUGUGGUCAAACAGGUCAACCUCAGAAAGAUGUCAGCGAGGGAAAAGGAAGCGUCAAAGAAAGAGGUGACGCUGCUGUCGAGGAUGAAACACCCAAACAUUGUCUCCUUCACCACCUCAUUUCAAGAGGGGGACAGCCUGUAUAUAGUGAUGGAGUACUGUGAUGGAGGAGAUCUGAUGAAGAAGAUCAACAUGCAGAGAGGAGUCCCCUUCACUGAGGAGCGGAUCGUGGCGUGGUUCGUUCAGAUCUGUCUGGGCCUCAAACACAUUCACGACAGGAAGAUUCUCCACAGAGACAUCAAAGCUCAGAAUAUCUUCCUAACCAACGGAGGGAUGAAAGCAAAGCUGGGGGACUUUGGAAUCGCAAGAAUGUUGAAUAACACCAUGGAGCUGGCCAGGACGUGUGUCGGGACGCCGUACUACCUCUCCCCGGAGAUCUGCGAGAGUCGGCCGUACAACAACAAGACGGAUAUUUGGUCUCUGGGAUGUGUCCUGUAUGAGCUCUGCACCCUGAGGCAUCCAUUUGAGGGCAGCAGUCUGCGGCAGUUGGUCAGUAAAAUCUGCAGGGGGCGCUACAACCCAGUGCCCAGCCGCUACUCCUACGACCUUCGCCUGCUGGUCACCCAACUCUUCAAGGUCAACCCCCGAGACCGUCCCUCGGUCUCUUCUGUCCUCAGGCGUCCCCUCCUGGAGAAGCACAUCAGCAAACAUCUGGACCCGCAGGUGAUGCAGGAGGAGUUAAGCCACACGGUGUUGUGUCGAAACAGAGCGGCAGCAUCGCGAACCGCUAAAACAGGAGCAGGAGUGGCAAACACAGCAGAGAAGAAACACAAGUCCAGAGGAGCAGAGGGGCCCGGGGCCGCCGCGAAGAGGCCGCUCACUAAACCAGACUGGAGAGUCCCACUCCGAGUCUACAACCCUGCCCCACACAAACCCGUCAGCCACUACCAGCACUACCACGCCCAGCUGGACGCCUUUCAGAGGAGGAACAAGGAGGAGGUCCUUCCUCCUGCUCCUCCUCCUCAGGAGAGAGACCAUGCUGCUCCUCCUGUGGAGCCGUACCAGCUUGUGGCUGCGGCUCGUAAUGAAUACCUGCAGAGGAGACGGGAGGCCAACCAGUACAAGCUGAGAGCUGAGAAACAGCUGGGUCUGCGGCCGUGCACAGCUGAGCGCGACAGGAGGCCUGGAGGUCAGGAGCAGGAAGAGGGACGAUCCGAGCGCCAACACCCGCCUCAGGACAGGAGGCAGGAGGGACGGCAGGAGUACCUGCGUCAGCUGGAUCUCAUCAGACAGCAGUAUCACCAGGAGAUGAGGCGGAUGAGGCUGAGAGCUGAAGCAGAGCCGCAACAGAAACAUGAGACGUUUGUGGUGGAGAAACCCAGAGACCCAGAACCUUCUGCAGACAGUAAAGAGCAGCAGCAGGACGCCGCACCUGCACAGGACGUCGACGCAGCUCUGAGGCAGAUCACGGAUCAGACGAGAGCGCAGGAGAGGAAACACAAAGACAAGGACGAGGACCCUCUGAACCGGACUCUGAGCUUCCAGGAGGGGGAGGAGUUGAAGCUCAGGGAUUGGUCAGAGGUGAGGAGGGGGUGGAGCCAGAGGACUCCCCAGACUCUGCUGGAUGCUCUCGGCAACAUGGACGUCGACUCCGUCUACAGCACUGCAGUCGAGGCUGAACAAGGUCGCAGACAGUGGGUGGACGGCCCCCCCAACACCCUGCUGAACGCCCUCGCUCAGGCUGAACUCACAUCGUCAACUCUGAGGAGGGAGGAGGAGGAGGAGGAGGACGGCUCUGAUGUGGAGAUGGAUGAAGAGCGUCUGGAGCCGAGGUCAGACGAUGACGACACGAACUUCGAGGAGUCGGAGGACGAGCUGAGAGAAGCGGUGGCCGACUCCAUGAAGAACCUGUUUGUCAUGGAGGACGGGAGCUCAGACGAAACAGAAAACACAGAGGAAAGGGUAGAGGUGCAUGAUGGGACGCAGGACAGCGAGGACGGACGCGCAGAACUGAAGGAUUCACGUGCGGACGUCGGGGUCGUCUCCUCCGGACCUAAAGAAGGUGACGGUCAGUGUGAGUGUUCAGACGAGUCCCAGACUGAUGACGAUAACGCGUCUUUAAAUAAACAGCAGCAGACGACCUGA